CUCUGAGCGAGGGCUGCAGGCGGGUCAGCGGCAUCGGUGCUCAGCGAAGCACAAAGUGCUGCUGAAACGUGGAAGCAGCCGCUGCCAAGGGCAGGCUGCCCCUGUCCCCUGCCAUCCGAUCCCUCAAUGAGCCCCCCCUGGCCCUGCCAGCCCCGGGGCCGCACAAAGCCCCCGAUUGUGGUCCCACAGGGGCAGCGGAAGGGCCGCGCCGGGCACUGACAGCAGCGCUGGGCUCUGCGCCGGGCACACCUGCAGCUCCCGCGGGGCCCUUCGGCUGUGAGGGACGGGUAUUUAUGUGUGGGGGAUGCACGUUCAGGUUUCCCAGGUGUGCCUGGAGCCGGGAUCAUGCCCAGUCUGCGCGUGGGCAGGAGGCAGAGCGGCAGCAGCAGCCAGGUCCUCGCCUGAAGAGGGGAUGGAGGGUGGGGACAGCGCCAGCCCUGCUGCCCCUGCAGAGGGCCACAGCACGAUUCCCAGCUCCCCCCAGGACCUUCUGGAUCACCCUGUCCAUUGCCUUGAUAUUUUUUGCAGUUGUUGGCAUCAGUGUCGUGGGGGUUCUCAGCUUGUCCCCCAGCUUUGCCCAGGCUGGCUCCCAGCUCGUCCGACUGACACUGCAGGGCCAGCAGGACCCUCUGAGGAAUCAGACAGCCUUGGUGGACAAGUCCAGGAGCACUGUCACCUACUAUGUCACCUCGCAGAGCAACCUCAGCGCCGUGGUGCUGUACGACAGCAGGAACGGCUACGUGUGCUACAAGCCCGUGGAGCAAAGCACGUGCUACCUGAGGAGGAUGGACCCCUGGGACCUGCAAACCCUGCAGGCAGCUCUCAACAUGUCUGAGCAGAGGGCCGAGCAGCUGCUCCGUCACAGCAACCAGACCAAGUACUACCGGGAGUUCCUGGGCAUCCUGCCGGGGGAGCAGGUGGAGCCCAAGGGCCUGGGGGAGGCUGUGCAGAGCCUGUGUGAACACACGUCCAUCUUCUGGGUCCGCAGAGGGCAGGGUCCUGGGAGGCAGCGGCUGAUCUACCUGUGCAUUGACAUCUGCUUUCCAAGCAACAUCUGUGUCUCUAUCUGCUUCUAUUACCUCCCUGAGUAAGUGCUGAGCUGUGGCCACCCUACAUACUUGAACUGGAUUCCUGAAAAGCCUCUGAUUUCCACAAGGAAGGUAACACCCACACCAUCCCCAGAGCCUCCUGCUGAUUUCAUGCUGCACCUCAGGAGGGUUUAGAGAAACAAGAGGCCUCUGCUCAGCACUGUCAGCACAGACAGUCCCUGCAGCUCUGCCCCAGGGCUGCCAUGUCCAUAGCAAUUAGGAGCCCCAGGCCUAGAGGAAUCCCAGGGAGUAGCUGGUGUUCUGGGGCUCCAUGCCCUGCUCAGCACAAGGUGGUUACAUUUGUUGGGGUGGUUGGCUUUAGGAGAGCAGCUCUCCAAGUCACUUUGUGAAACACUUUGAAUAAAGGGAUUGCAAACCAAGACAA